CUCAUUAGUCGUAGGCCAAAUGAAUAUCUUAUUGCGAAAUAGUUCUAGCAUUUUAGCUUGCUUGCUGGCGGGCAUAUCCACGCUUGUGACAGCUAUCCCACAAUCCUACACCGCCAGUGAUGGCGUAGAAUAUGUAAUAGAACGUGACCAAGUUUACAAUUGGUUACAGGCCCACACCGAGUGUGUCGGUCACGGUUUGCAGUUGGCCAUUAUCGACAGCGCUGAAAAAAAUCAAGCCUUUGAGGCAUUACUACGAACAAUAUUUGGUAGGUAAUUUAUAAAUGAAAUUCACAUUAUGACCAUAUCGAUUCUAAAAUAUCUUGCGGGAAUUGUAGAAUGUAAACAAUUGUCAAAAUGGUAAUACAUAACAAAUUCUAAGAAAAUGUCCCCAAAAAAUUAUGGGCCAUAAAAAAACACCAGGCUC